ACAAGGCGCCAUGGGGCAGGCGGGCUUCAAGGGGCUGUCCCAGUCGCUGUUCGACUACAAGACCGAGAAGUAUGUCAUCGCCAAGAACAAGAAGGUGGGCCUGCUCUACCGGCUGCUGCAGGUCUCCAUCCUGACCUACCUGGUGGUUUGGGUGUUCCUGGUGAAGAAGGGUUACCAAGACACUGACACUUCCCUGCAGAGCAGCAUUGUCACCAAAGUUAAGGGUGUGACCUUCACCAACACAUCUGAGCUUGGGGAGCGGCUUUGGGAUGUUGCUGACUACGUCAUCCCACCCCAGGGAGAGAACGUCUUCUUCGUAGUCACCAACUUGAUUGUGACUCCCAACCAGCGGCAGGAAACCUGUGCUGAGAGUGAAAGCAUUCCAGAUGCCUGGUGCUACGCAGACAGUGAUUGUCCUCCUGGGGAGCCUGUUGUGGCUGGAAAUGGAGUGAAGACUGGACGCUGCCUGCGGGUGGGGAACAUGCAAAGGGGCACCUGUGAGAUCUUCGCCUGGUGCCCAGUGGAGACGAAGCCCAGGCCAGUGAAGCCACUCCUGGGCAAGGCUGAAGACUUCACCGUUUAUAUAAAGAACUUCAUCCGUUUCCCCAAGUUCAACUUCUCCAAGACCAAUGUGCUGGACACCAAGGACAGAGCCUUCCUGAAGUCCUGUCAGUUUGGCCCCAAGAACCCCUACUGCCCCAUCUUCCGACUGGGGUCUGUGGUCAGCUGGACGGGGAGCAACUUCCAGGAGAUAGCCCUGCAGGGUGGUGUGAUAGGAAUUCAGAUUGAAUGGGACUGUGAUCUUGAUAAAGCGCCUUCUGAGUGCAACCCUCACUAUUCUUUUAGCCGUCUGGACAACAAAUUUUCAGAAAACUCAAUCUCCUCCGGGUACAACUUCAGGUUCGCCAAAUAUUACCGAGAUGGAGCUGGAGUGGAGUUCCGCACGCUGAUGAAAGCCUAUGGGAUCCGCUUUGAUGUGAUGGUCAAUGGCAAGGCAGGGAAGUUCAGCAUCAUCCCCACGAUCAUCAACAUUGGCUCCGGGGUGGCGCUCAUGGGUGCUGGAGCUUUCUUCUGUGACCUGGUACUUAUCUACUUCAUCAAGAAGAGCCAUUUUUACCGGGACAAGAAGUACGAGGAAGUGAGAAUCCUACGGGUCCCCCCGGGGCUUGCAGAGUCCUCGCAGCAGGGCGGGACCCCAAAGGCAGAGGAGGCCGAGCAGCCUGAGGUGCACCACGGAGGCGGCAGCCAGAAGGGGAAUGGCUGCCCAUGCCAGCAGCUCCUUGAGCCCGUCAGGUCUGGCCACCUGGGAAAUGGAAAGGUCAAUGCGGAGCAGCUACAGAACCUGCAGACAGUGGAGGCCUAGCCAGAGGUAUCCGCUGAGAGCAGAUUUGCUGAAGAUGUUGGGCCCAAGGCACCUGCAGCCCUGAACUGAAAAUUGUCUUUGUGUCUGCAUGGGACAGGUGCUUCCAGGCACGGCCAUCUCUUCUGCUCUUUGGGAUCUUGCUAUGGAGCUUUUUGUUAUGUGUGUUGGGUGUGUGGCAGGGGUGAGGCAGCCUCCUAGUGGCCAGAGUGCCUCAGAUCUACAAAAGGAGGCCUGGAAGAAGCAAGUGGGGGAAGGUCAGGGGCCUGGGUGGUACUAGAGUUCUUUUAUUUUUCUGAAAUGAAAAAUGUUCAUGCAUUUAUUCAUGCAUUUGUCUGAUACAUAUUAUUUGCUCUGGGCUGUGCCCUAUCCAAGAGAUGCUUAAAUGAGAUGCUGACCUGGCCCUCAGGGAGGGGAGCACACAUGUAAUUCCCUCCAGAGCCAGCAGACCUCACAGCCAGUCUCAGCCACCCUGGCCUUCCUCCAGCCUCUGGUUCAGACUUUCACAAACCCCUGUUGAGAAUGGUGGCUCCUUGGAGAAAGACUCUGGCUAACAUCCAAGGGGACAUUUGGCCUUGCCCUCAGGGAAAAAAUUUAAAGGUGGCCAAGGAGGCAACCAGGAAAGGACUGGACGUGUGUAAGGAGGCAACUGGCCCUUGGGGGAGAGGCAGCCUCUGAGGGUUUCCAGCUAAGGUGAGGAAGCAGAGGCAGGGAGGCCUCUGCUCCACUCUAUCCACCCAGUCUCUGGAAGCUUUGGGCAUUGUGUCUCACCCAAAUAGGAAAGCAUCUGUCUGUCUCUUGCAGUUCUGUGCAGCUGGGUGUCCCGACCUAGCCUCCCUCCGUUUCUCCUCCAAGGCUGGGUCUGAAGGGGUAAGGAGAUACAAUAGGUGGAGCUCACUUGGCCCGGAAGCAACUGUUAAUAGGGCGGCCCUAACCCCUCACCCCAGCCUCUCCUUCCCCAUCCUGCUCCAUCCCAUCUCCACCCUGCAGACCCAAGCUGCUUCCCUCCUAGUGGCUGUAAAGCCUCACUACUUCAAGUGUGGCCUGUAGACCAGCAUCAGCCUCCCCUGGGAGGUUGUUGGAGAUGGCAGUUGCUGGCCCCUCCCUUGUCCUCCAUCAGAACCUGUGUUUCAGCAAGAUUCCUAGGUGAUUCGUGUGAACAUUUUUGGUUGAGAGCACUGGUUAAAGAGAUAUGCCAAGACCGGGUCCAAGGCAGGAAAAGGCUGGCUUUGACAGGUGCUGCCUAUUUCUAGGUCAGACUGAUACACGUUGUACUUGGAGAGCAAUAGAAUUCCACCCCACCCCAGGAAAGUGGCAAGCUCCGUGUAUUUCAAUUAAAAUAUUUUGACUAGAUAAUACUUACAUGAUUCAAAAACUAAAAGGUACAAAAGAUUAUAGAGAAUGAAAAGCUUCCCUCCCACGAGGCGACCUGUGUUACCCAUUCCAAGACGCUCUCCUGUUUUGUGGAGUAUCUACUCAGUGGUUCCUUGUGCCCUCACACAGGAAAUGAACUUUGCCUGAUGCUUGCAAGAUCAGACCAAGUCUCCUCUGUCAGAAAGGGACAUGAUGGAGGACACUUUAAGUACUGGGCUGGGGAGUCUGCUAGCUCAUUUCUCCCUCUUCCAGUAUCUGAGGAGUCCCUGUGUAAACCCCAAGGGAGAGACCCAGAACUCAUCGCUCACUGUUGUGUGAUGGCCCAGGAGCAAAGGCCUAUGGUGCUGCCUCUGGCCAGGCAAGCUCCGGGGCUUUGUUUGCACAGUUACCCGGACGGAUGCUAGGCAGUGUCCUCUUUGGAAGUGCUCUCUCUGGGCCUCCCUCAAGUCACCAGGGUUUGGUUUUUCCCUGCACACAGAGGAGGACGGAAGCAUCCUUCCACUGCGGGCCUUUGGAGAAGAUCAGAGGGACCUGCAAGAAGGCUGUGCCCCUGGGGCAAAGAAGCAUGGUCCCCCAAAUAGCUCCGUUCUCUACAAGGAGCAAGCAGGUCCCUCGUUCUGGGCUGGUAACCUGUCAACAAGCCCCUUGCUCUCUGAAUCGAAAGUGAAUAAUCCGGGUGAUCCACUAUGGUGUUCAAUUCCUAAGGCAAACCCUAGGAUUUGAUAAUCUAGCAUGUUACUUUUAGGUUUGGGAGGAAGUAAAAAGGCAGGCAUCAUGGCUGCUUAGGAGUUAAUCUAGUUUCUUUGAACCUAUUGUUAGAAUUGCUUUGGAGCAGCCACAUAACUUGGCUGUACUAUUUGUCUUACAUGGAAGGAAGUGGCUCCCUACAGUAUUCAUUCAAUUAGUAAAUAUUUAUUGGGUACCUGUUGACAGGUGUGGGACUAAAUCUGAAAACACAGUUGUGAGAAACACUAAAACCGUCCCUGAACAAGUGCUUACAGUCUGGGAGGAAGUGAGCCUUCAUCAGUGGUCAUGCCAGUGAUCACAAACUGAAUUUUCAGUAAGCGAUAGCCAGAGGUUUCCCCAAGGAUCGUACAUAUAAGCUGAAAAAUGAAAGCAGUCUAACUAGGUGAUGGGGAAGCAUUCCAGAUAAGGGAACCACACGUGUAUGAACACCUCGAUAUGAAAAGGAGUAACUGAGGAACUGGAUGGAGACAGUGUGACUGAAUCUGGUUUUAUGAGGCUAUCUUAACAUUUUCUGACUGAUUUUAAGGGUCGCCCCAUUAAACUUCACUGUCACAGAGGACUUAGCUUCCAGUCCAGCCAAGCUUUCCAGGUGACCUCCCCUACACUUCAUGGGUUCUGUGGUCGGAAAAGCCAGUGAUCCCAUUCCAGCUUCUGGUUGGUGUUGCACACUGCAUUUCCUUGCUUUUGCACAGCAACCCCCCCCGCCCCUUUUUAUGUAAUCUUGGUACAUGAGUGGAAAGUUCAUGAAUCUUACAGAAACUGGCUUUGAAAUGGGAAGUGAAGUGGGAACCCAAGCCCCACUGGGAAAGCCCCUUUCCUUCAGGGCAUCAGUUGCUCUUAGGAAGAUGAGCAUGCCAACCUCUCCAGAGCUCCCUUCCAUGCUGACAUUACAGGCUCACCCAAACCAUCUAUUCUACCUUCAGGCCCUGGCCUAAAGCCAUCAACCUGGUAUUUUCCUAAUGAUUAAUGUCAUGCCUUGGGAGUGUCAUCCUGCUGGCCAAUGGGAUUUGUAAAUUGGGUGCUGGUCAAGGGGACCAGCCAUUAGAGUGUAAUGUCCUCUACUCCUGAUAUAGGGGUCACUAGGACUGACCAGUCAUGGCUGCCUUUUUGCUCCCACCACCCCAUCAGUUCUUCCUUUCUCAGAGCUGUAAAGGGGAACAUGACUUCCUCCAGGAAUCAGAGCACCCCAGCUAAAGACUACAGUGUCCUGCAGAGUCCCUAGAUCAUCCACUUGGAAUGGCAUCUUGCAUGUCUGAAAAAGAGUUCUACUUGAUUGUGAUCCACCCUCCCCCACCCAAGUAAUGCAGCUUUCCUCAAAGCACUCUCCAGUGUACCCUAGAGUACUGUCUGUUCAAAAGGCGCACCUUCUGGCUGUUUGUUUUCCCAUAGGCCAGUGCACAGAAUUAAAGGAGGAACGAUGGCAACCAUUGUCUGGGACCUGCCCGGUAAAUGUAUUCUGAUAUUUUUAUUUGGUUAUAAAACAAUAAAAGGUUUUAACUUUAAA